AAUGUCAAUUCUGUUCACUCCAGCAAUAUACAAGAUAGCCAUAAGUGUAGAUAGGGUCUUCCUUUGGUACAUCCAUACGAGACACAAAACUGGCAUUUAGAGACUGACUAACUCCUGACCUAAUACUAGAAGACCUUUCUCUUUGUUGAACUCUUUCUUGCUUGACUCUCUUUCUUCUCAUUUUCUUUUCUUUUGCAAGCGCUAAUCGAAUUUGAAGCUUAUCAUAUUCUCGAAAUAGGUAGCAUACAAAGCUUCCAUAGAAUAGGGUAAAUGUUUGAAGAAGAAGAUGAACAAAUGGGACCUCAAAUCUCCAUACUCCAAAUCUGCGAUAGUUUGGAUUAUCAAAAACUGUAUGCCCGAAAAUAUCUGUCAUUAGACUGUCAAUGUUUACAAUGUAGUUGAAGAUCAUUAAUACCCAAAGGAAAGGUAAUUCAAAAUACAUCAGUGCUUUAAUGUAGCCUUUUCUUUUGACGAAAAUGAUGCUGUGCCAGAACAUAAACAUUGGAACCAAUGAUUGGAAAGUAAACCAUAUGAAAAACCAGAGAAACAAUCAUACUCUGAAAACCAUUAAAUGUGCGUAAGGAUUUUUAACUAUCACUUUGGUGUUGUACAAGAUACUUUCCCACAGGCUUGUCUUCUUUUUCCUUGUCACAUCAGUAAAUUUUCCUCUUCCAAAUCCAACAUGAACGUAUCUCUCAGGAUAUCUCUGUCUCAGGUAUCUUUCCUUUUGGGCGUGCCUGUAGGCUGCUUUUCUGUAUAUCAGAGCUGUUAUGUACACACCCACAGUGAUGGAGUAGCCAGAGAGAUUAUCUCUCCAACUAAUAUUCUCUUGUGAAAAAUUGUCUAGUCCUACCCAAUCUACCCAAGAGGGAUUAGAGUUGUUUAUUAGUGGAAUCUGAAUUAUAAAAGAAGCAGUUAUAUAUACUGCUGCUAUGAAAGUGCAUAAAUAUGUAAUAACACUCAUAAUAGGACCAUUUAGCUCAUAAUGUAAAGCCCAAGACAUUAAGGCUACUCAUGACAUUAACACAAAAGUAAGGGCUAUUAAUGAUGGAGAAAUAAUUCCAGCAAGUAAUAGGAAGAAAAGUACAAUACAAAUCCAAAAUUCAGGUGAUUGCGAACCAGUUACUUUGAGAUUUUCUAACUUAUGAUCUUCAGCUUCUUCUGAACUUCCUUUAUUUUUAAUAAUGCAGCCAAUAAACAGAAGCAAUGAUACAAUAAGUGCUACUACAUCAGAUAAAAAUGUUUGAACAAUCCUCCAAGCAGAUCCUCCAUCUUCCUCGUUUGUAAUUGAAAUUCCAAGACUUCUAUGGAGUCUUUGCUCACUCUCAUUGGAACUUACUGUGCCUUUUGAAAUUAAUAUCGAGAAAAUUAUUUUAAAGAUUAAAAACGCAAUUGAAACCACUAACAUUGUUCCCAUCAGGAUCAUUCAAAUCCUAUUUGAAACCUUCCUAUUUUCUAUAACUAUCUGCAAUCCAAGAUAAAAAAGUGAAAUAAUAACAUAGAUCGAGCAGGGAAUAGAUGCCAGAAGACUUCCUGAAGCAAUAACUGCCAUAAUCAGUAUAAAUUCAUAUCAAAAUACAAUGAGAUCAAUCAAUUCGUUCCAAAUUGUCUUCUUAGGCGCCUGCCUUCGUCUUCUUGAUUUCAAAACUGUCUGUUCUCUCAGUGAACUUUUAGUUGGCACUAUGUGUGUGCCUGAUUGUUUUCUCUCUUCUCCUAAAAAUCCGUUGCUGUUGUCUUCACCAUCAUGGAGUGAAUCCUUAGACUCCCUUGCAAUAUCUUCUGCAUUAAGGGAUGCACUGAAGGGCUGGUUGCUGUCGACAAUAUGAACUUUACGGCGAGGUUUAUUUGAUGUAAAGUCAUCUUCCCCUUCACUAUUCCUUCUGUCUCCUUCCCCCAAGAGCUUUUCCGUGGCAUGUUCUUUAAAUUCGG